AUGGCGUUGCAAAAGUUGCAGACAUCAAACGCAAUUGACCUGAAAGGGUCUGUUGAAGUAAUUGCGGAUUAUUUUUAUGUGGCAAUUAAUAAUAUUCUUUAUAUUCGGGGUGUCUACCCAGAAGCUUCUUUCAAACAAGUGAAGAAGUUUGGUCGCUCUGUUCUGAUGACAACCGAUGAAGAGUUGAUUGACUUUUUAAACUGUCUUGUCAAGCAAAUGAAAGUAUGGUUGUCUAGCGAUUCUUUGAAAAGGCUUGUUCUUGUGAUUAAAUCUGCCAAAACUGAGGAGGUUCUGGAGCGUUGGCAGUUUAACGUUGUGAAGGAAGAAGAAUCAUCUUCUGUUGAACCGAAAAGUAUGGACCAGGUGAAUAACGAACUCAGCGUAAUAAUCCGUCAAAUUGUUUCGUCUUCAACAUUUUUACCCGUUUUGUCUUCAUCAUGUACAUUUAACCUACUAGUUUAUACUGACAUAAAUACUGAGAUUCCGGAAGGUUGGGACGAAACAGGUCCUUGUUUUGUACCCAACUCAACACAUGUGCAACUGCGUUCAUUUUCUACCCGAAUUCACAAACCCCUGUUAGUGGACAAUUCGGCUGCUGUGGCUUGGAGGCGGUGGUGGUCGUCCGCCGGGGUAGCAAGCGGUGGGGUUCAGCCGCUUAUUUCAUCACUCGAUAGGCAUAUGAGUAGAUUCCGCAAACAAUUUUGGAAGAAAGUGAUCACCGAGAUUCUUCUAUCACUGAAUGAUUACUUUGAAGGCCUUCAUAGGCCGAAGGAUCUCUGCGAAGUCGUGCGCGACGUCCUCAUUCUGGGGCUUUGCGUUUUCUUCACCUUUGUCGUUACCCUCGCCCUCUCUCUCAGUGCGAAAGCCCCGGCUCUCUUUUCCGUUGCAUUCUUCACUGACGACGCCUUGUGGCGAGUAACUGCAUUCCCACCUCCCGGUUCUGCCGGCCAACGAUGCUGGAUCGAUCGCUCCAGUGAUCCUCACUGGCUUCUCCGAUGGCUUAUUUCAUCUCCCUCACCGUUAUUCACGUGCCUGGGCUCGUGCGGCGAGCGCUGGAAUUACGAUGGACAUCCACAUGUCACUUAUCCCUGA